CUCCACCGCUCUGCCGGAACGAACGCGGGUCCCGGGACACUGGUGUGUGAGAAACUAUUGCUAGCCCAGAGGAAGCCCGGUCCCCAGGCCAUGGGGGUACAGCUGAGACUGCCACCCGGAGAGCCCUGCCACGAAGGGUAUGUGCUGUCGCUGGUCUGCUCCAACUCUUCCCGGGCUUCGUGCGAGAUCACAAAUGUGUCACAGUCGCUGCCUUAUCCUGUCGUCUACACGAACCUGAAUUCCUCCAAAACCAACUUCAGCAUUUCAGCAAGUGUAGAAAACAAAUACAAUCUGUAUGUGGGCUUGGUAUUGGCCAUAAGCUCCAGCGUUUUCAUUGGCUCAAGUUUCAUACUCAAAAAGAAGGGUCUCUUGCAACUGGCCGACAAGGGCAUCACCAGAGCAGGGCAAGGCGGACAUUCUUACCUCAAGGAAUGGCUGUGGUGGGCAGGACUGCUAUCAAUGGGAGCCGGUGAGGCUGCAAACUUUGCCGCUUAUGCCUUUGCACCUGCCACCUUGGUCACCCCACUGGGGGCUCUGAGCGUUCUCAUAAGUGCAAUAUUGUCUUCCUAUUUUUUAAAUGAGCACUUGAACAUUCACGGGAAAAUAGGCUGCAUUUUAAGCAUAUUGGGGUCCACUGUGAUGGUUAUCCACGCCCCACAAGAGGGAGAAGUCACAUCUUUGCAUGAAAUGGAAAUGAAAUUGAGAGAUCCAGGGUUCGUUUCCUUUGCUGUGAUCAUCUCUGUGAUCUCACUGGUGCUGAUUUUGAUUGUGGCCCCAAAGAAAGGACAGACUAAUAUAUUAGUCUAUAUUGCAAUCUGUUCUUUGAUUGGAGCGUUCUCCGUCUCUUCUGUCAAAGGCUUGGGAAUUGCCAUUAAGGAACUGCUGGAACGGAAGCCUGUUUACAAGGAUCCCCUGUUCUUCAUCCUGUUGACCAUGCUUGCACUUUCCGUGACCACCCAGAUUAACUAUCUCAACAAGGCCCUGGACACUUUCAACACAUCCCUGGUAACUCCCAUUUAUUACGUGUUCUUCACAUCCAUGGUGGUCACUUGUUCUGCCAUCCUGUUCCAGGAGUGGUAUGGCAUGAAAGCUGGAGAUAUCAUCGGUACCCUGAGCGGGUUCUUCACCAUCAUCAACGGCAUCUUCCUCCUACAUGCUUUUAAAAACACCAACAUCACCUGGAGUGAACUCAUGUCUACUGCUAAGAAAGAAGCCCUUUCUCCAAACGGCAAUCAGAACAGUUAUGUUUUAUUAGAGAACACAGACUUCUCAGCCUCUGGGUAUGAUGACGACAUCACCCUGUUUAGCAGGACCAAUGACCAAAGUAGCCAUAAACUUUGAACUUCAACCAAGACAUCCAAAGCAAUACUUAUUCUUGGAAGGUCUAUUUGCACAUUAGCAUGUAUAACACUGUAGAAAUCCUCUGAAUGGGAGACCAAGCAAAAAAAAACCUUUGCUCUGCAAAGCCUCCAAAUUGGAACAUCAAGUUUAAUCUUCUUCUAGAAGAUUCGUGUCUUUCUUUUAUGUUUUCAAAACCACUGAAACAGUCCCUGAGCUCAACAGAAGCCAAAGCCAUUUGUCUCAGAAUAAUUCGUCUGCUCAAUGGAUUUGGCACUGCCAGGUGGAACUUCAUCCCCGCCUGGUCUUGGACUCCGCGACUCACAGAUCUGUUAACUGUCUUCUGACUGAGCAGAGUCUCAGAUGCCAUUGUCUGAUGGGUCAUAAUCUCAAGCUAUUCAAACUAAAAUGGGAGCACUGGUGUAUUGACCUCUGGUCUGCAAUGCCUUCUUUCUAAACUACACAGCAGAUAAGCAAAAUGUUAGAACAUACUGGACUAAAAUGUUUAUGGCACAUUUUUUUCUUUUUCCCAAACACACACAUGAUUAUGUCAGAGAAUUUAUUAACAUGGACCUGGAUAAUGUAAGCAAAACAUGUUUUCUGGAAAUCCCAAGUGAACUGAGCUUUGCAAUGACUUACAACAGUCAUUUUGUUCCUUUUUCCUAUUGUUUUUUUGGUUUUGGCGUGUUUUGCUUUGUUUUGUUUUUUGGUGUUUUGGCGGUGGGAUGUUUUUGAUCAUCUUGUUUUCUUGCUUGCUUAUCUUUCAGACAUGUUCUUGCUACGUGACCUAGGCUAGCCUCAAGUUCAGCACCCCUUGGUGUCUAUCUCCUCAGUGCCUGGGUUCAAGGUGUGUACCACCAUGCCAGCUUCUUUUUGAAAAACUACUGCUCCAUAGAUUUCUUCUUGUUGACAUCGAGGUUUUGUAAAAACAAUCACUACACAAUGUGAAGUUCCACUUUUCUCAAAGGUCUUAUUCCUACAAGGUGGGUCAUCCAAAACUAAGAACAACCAACAGAUUCCUUUUACAGCUUUAAUGUUCGUUUAAAAUCUGCUGUUUUCACCUUAAUAAGGAAAUUAUAAACAGUUUCUAACUUUUCAGAAUGGGCACAGCCUACUGUUUUCAAUAACAGGUGCCCUUUUUUUUCUAUUGAAUUCCUCAUGACCACACUUUCCGAUUCAGAUCAUUGCCAGUUCAGAUCAUUGAUAAGUGUGUAGGGAGAGAGAAAUUCCUUUAAAGAAGAAAAAAGUCUGAAGACAUGCUACAGGAAGAAUCUUUUGCUCAUUUACAUUUUGUAUUUGAUUUCUCUGACUCAUUCUAGACUCAAGCUCUUAGACCCUUCAGCAAGAGGAACUGUUGAGUGCAGUUAGCUGCGCUGUGUGUUUGGGAGGGAGGAUAAUCCAUGGGCAUCCCAUGACUUGAUACCUCAAGGCCUAUACAUGUUUACUUCCUGCCACUGACCCACUUUGGGUAGCAGAUAUAGAAACUGUGAACACAUUUGUAGAAAAUUAUCUUCUGAAAGGAUAGGAUGUUUGAAACCUGCACAAAUUCUUUUGCUGGCUUUCCUUGUUGCUUUGAUAACCCCACUGGGUUCCCCCGGGGUAUCUUCUUGGUGAGGGCAUCAGUCAUUUCUCUUGACAUCUUUCCUCAGGUUGUGACCAUUCCCCAUUCUAGUGAUCUUGAUUUUUUUAGGCAUUUAUUAAAUGUCCUUUGUUACUUGACACCUUAGCUGUCAAGUUUUGCCCUUGGUACGUUGUGCACAGGUCAAAGAUUCCUGGAACACAAGAAUCGAUGUGUCCUGGUUUGGAAAAUGAACUGGUGUUAACAUAUAUGCCCAGGAGAAAGACUGAGAGAUUUCAUCAGUUGUCAUAUAUAGAGAAACAAAAACAAACAAAAAAAAUUGGCAAAUAUUUUCAAGUCUCUGGAAAGAUUGCUGGUGAGCAUAUAAGUUUAAAAAACUAAAGUGUUACUAUAAAUCUAAUACCACAGCUGAGUCUUUCUCGAGUGGGAAGAUGCUGCUGAAGGAAGAGUAGUCUACUGCGUCCCUCUGGGACAUUCCAAACUGCUCGUUUCUUACUCGUGUGCAUUGGAAUGCGUAGCCUUGUCAUCGUAUAGAUGUGAGUUAUUUGGUGGAUAUCAGCGAAUAUGUAAAGAAAAUGGUUUUGCCUUUUGAAUUAUAACUUCACCACUAGGUCAAUGGUUAAUGAUUUUUUUGUCCAGAGAGAGAGAGAGAGAGAGAGAGAGAGAGAGAGAGAGAGAGAGAGAGAACCACUGAGCACAAGUUUAUGUGAAUUCUUCAGUUCCUCGGUUUCAGUCACAUUAAUUUUAGACAAUCCAUGUGAAGGCAAGUUCAUCAUUGUCCACUCUCCAUCACAAUGCAGAACCAUUCCAACAAAAAUAUUUUCCCUAGAGAGGGGGGAUGUAGCUCAGUGCUCCCUCUGCAUGCACUCAGGCACUGAGUUUGAUCCCCAACACAAGGGGGUGAAUACUAAAACCAGUAGAACCAAACGUAAAGUCAUCUUUACCUUCAAAAGCUUUAGAGGUGGCAGGGGUGGGGUGGGAAGGACCAUAUGAAUGUGUUGAAUGUUCUCAAGUAUUUUUGAUAAACUGUGUUCGUGAGAGUUUAUACUUUUCAAAUGUUUAUAAGUACUAUUCAUUUUGGAUAGUUUAUACAUCUGUAAUGUUUCUGUGUAUUUCCAAUAAAAUAAUAUUGUUUUCUUGGGCCUUCUGGUGCUGAGGUUACAGGCA